AUGCCACGGGCAAAACUCGUAGCCCCGAAGGAACCCGACCCCUUAGGUUCCUCCCCGUCGGACGAAGAGGAAGCUCGCUUUGAGAAGCUGCAGCUGGCGGCCAGUCGGUGGGCGGCGCGGGACGACGCCACAAAGGGAGGAGGUGGUGGCAGUGGUGGGGGUGGCGGAGGGGGCGGUGGUGGGGGUGGCGGAGGGGGCGGUGGUGGAGGUGGCGUAGGGGGUGGUGGUGGAGGAGGUGGAGGGGGUGGGAGUGGUGGAGGAGGCGGAGGAGGAGGCAGUGGAGGUGGAGGUAGUGGGGCCCCCCCAGCAGCAGCAGCCUCACCAGCAGCAGCCACAGCAGCAGCGGCAGCAGCAGUUCCAGGACCCUGCACUUGGACGUCUGGGGCCCCUCCCCGGUCCUUGGCCCACGUCAGGAGCGCUACUUCCUGA